UCUUUCCACUGCGUGGUGGGAUGUGGAUGUAGAAUUUCCGAAAGACGAGGGUAUGUCGUGCUAAAAGACGACAGUAUAUCUGGCAUUCUGUGGAAACUUCCCACAAGAUAAUGGAGCGGAAUUGUUUGAAUACAUGUAGCUUUGUAGCUAAAUUGAUCGGUAACUCUGUAAAGCUAAGUCAGUGGGAGAGUUAUGUCACUAUCAUGUUAAUCUCAGUUUACCGAGGACAUAUUAGUUUAAUUCGCUUAAACUAAAAAACCAUUUUGAUAGUGCAGCCUUAAGUUAUAGGUCGCUGCUGCAAUAAUGUUUUAAUUAAUAUCCAGCUUUUACAUUUUUGAACUAACGUUUUAAGAUAUUGGACUUUUUUUUUUUGUAUACAUUUCCUAUUCAAAUGGACAAAGCAGACUGCCCAUCCCAAAACAAAACAAAGGACUUUUCAACUCUACGAAACAGGAAAAUCUGUGCCUCCAAAGCACAACAAUCAUCCUUCAGCCUUGUGUCAAAGCACAAAAAUGUCCAACCUGCAGAAAUGUCAAAAGAUGGCACACAGCUUCCAUCCCCUCCAGGCCACGAGCCAAGAAACAAAACACUCCUUAUUCUUGUUGUGGUGUUGUCUUUCUCUACACGCUUCUACAAGUUAGCAGAGCCCCCUCACGUGUGCUGGGAUGAAACGCACUUUGGAAAAAUGGGGAGCUACUACAUCAACAGAACCUUCUUCUUCGACGUCCAUCCGCCUCUCGGGAAAAUGCUGAUUGGUUUUGCUGGUUUUAUGACUGGUUAUGAUGGUACUUUUCCCUUUAUCAAACCUGGAGACAAAUAUGAAGAACACAACUAUCUCGGGAUGAGAGGAUUUUGUGCUGCACUGGGCUCCUGCCUUCCUAUCUUUGCCUACCUCAUCGUGCUGGAGCUGUCUCAGGCUCAAAGUGCUGCUCUCAUAGCAGCCAGCCUGCUCAUAUUUGACACAGGCUGCAUCACUAUCUCACAGUACAUCCUGUUAGACCCAAUACUGAUGUUCUUCAUUAUGGCGGCAGUACUGAGUAUGAUCAAGUUCAACCAGCAGAGAUACAGGCCUUUCACUGCCCCCUGGUGGAUGUGGCUGGUACUGUGUGGCGCAAACCUCUCUGGGGCUGUUGGGGUGAAGUUUGUUGGCCUGUUUAUAAUCGUUUUAGUUGGCCUGAACACAAUUUCGGACCUUUGGGUUCUUUUGGGAGACCUGAAUCUGUCUCUGGUGGACGUUUUAAAGCACUUGCUUGCUCGAGUGGCUGGGCUCAUCCUCCUUCCGCUCUUCCUCUACGUUACAAUAUUUGCAGUCCACUUUGUUGUGUUGAACAAAAGUGGGCCCGGUGACGGUUUCUUCAGCUCUGCUUUCCAGUCCCGCCUAAUUGGAAACAACCUGCACAAUGUAUCCAUGCCAGAGUACCUGGCGUACGGCUCAACCAUCACAGCAAAAAACCUCCGUAUUGCUGGCGGUUACCUUCACUCCCACUGGCACCUCUACCCAGAGGGGGUUGGAGCAAAGCAACAGCAGGUUACAGCCUAUCUCCAUAAAGACUACAACAACCUGUGGCUGGUUCGAAAACCGGAGGAGAACGAUUCUGAGUCCAGGACUCCGGUUCUGGUUCGUCAUGGAGACAUCAUUCGACUGGAGCACAAAGAAACAACUCGGAACCUCCACGCCCACCGUCAGGAAGCUCCUCUCACCAAAAAGCAUUUUCAGGUGACCGGCUACGGCAUUAAUGGAACCGGAGACUCCAAUGAUCUGUGGCGAGUGGAGGUUUGUGGAGGCCAGAGGGGCGACCUGGUGAAGGUACUGCGGAGCAAAGUUCGCUUUCUGCACAAAGCUACCGGCUGUGUCCUCUACUCCUCUGGAAAGACUCUUCCAAAAUGGGGGUGGGAACAGGUCGAGGUCACCUGCAGUCCUUACUUGAAGGAGUCUCCAAGCUCACAGUGGAACAUUGAGGAUCAUUUUCAUCCAGAAUUGCCCAACAUUAGUUUGUCCGUGCUGAAGCCCAACUUUCUGGAAAUCUUGUUGGAGUCCCACAUAGUUAUGAUAAAGGGAAACAGUGGCUUGAAAGCCAAAGACAAUGAGAUGAACUCCAAACCUUGGCACUGGCCUAUCAACUACCAGGGCCUGAGAUUUUCAGGCGUAAAUGAGACGGAGUAUCGCGUUUACCUGCUGGGAAACCCAGUGGUCUGGUGGAUAAAUCUGGCCUCUUUAGGGCUGUACGUCAUCAUGGUGGCAGUGGCGUCCAUUGCCAUAAAGAGAGGUUUGCCCUUGAACCAAAGCCGACUAGAGCAUUCACGGCUCCUGAAGAGAGGAGGAGGCCUGCUGCUGCUCGGCUGGCUGCUGCACUACCUCCCCUUCUACGCCAUGGGCCGCGUCCUGUACUAUCACCACUACUUCCCCGCCAUGCUCUUCAGCAGCAUGCUGACGGGAGUUACACUGGACAUCCUUCUUAAAAGCUCUGACCUGCUGCUCCACUCUGUUUAUUCUGACCGGCUGAAAGUUGGUGGAUGGCUGCUACUUCAGCUCAGCAUCCUUUACAGUUUCUACCUUUUUCAUCCUCUGUCCUAUGGCAUGAUGGGUCCUCUUGCCCAUGAGCCGGGCAGUGCCAUGGCAGGCCUGAAGUGGAUAGACUCCUGGGACUUCUAGUUAUCCUUGUUUGAUUAAGAUGUCACAGACACGGAGCAUUUUGAGCCGAGGGAAUUUCAAAACAUCAGUUUGAGUCUAAACAUUUCAUUUGUCUUUCUGUAAGAAAAAAUGUGAAUUCAGUCAGUUUGGAAAGCAGAUUGUAGAAUCUUUUAAGAUGCACUGGAGUUGUCACCAAGUUGCCUUUAGUGACAAACUAAAUUCCAUUUGAAAGAGACAGUAGUUGUUGUUUUUUUUAAAGCCAGAACAUUUUACAUGUAUUUUUAGUUGAGAUUGUCCUGAGCUUUAGUAUUAUACUUUUGAUUUUGUGUUUUUAUUAUGUUGAUCAAUAAAUUGUUUUAUUCUUGUA